UUUUCUAUCUCUUCUGUUGACGCGCCAUUCUGCUUAGAAAAAUCGACAUAUAUUGUUGAAGAUAUUCAAGUUUUUGUAUUAAAAACUCUUUAUGUGGUAUUGAAUAAUCUUUCUUUAACAUCAAGUAUAAGAAAACUACCCAGUUAUGGACAAAAAUAUAACAAUUAAAACUGAAAAACUUGAUGAUGAAGAUGUAAAGGCUUCCACAGCAGAAAUGAAGAAACCAAAAUCACAUAGACGCAAAAAACUACGUCGCCUUGCUGAGGAAACCGCACAACAGACUAACAACAAACAUGUGAGCAGAUGUAAGCGCCUCCUUUUAUUCACCGCACUCUUAACCUUUACCAUCGCUUUGCUUAUGGGCCAUUAUUAUAGACAAAAUAAUUCCAAUAACCAACAUAUACUCAAAGAGUUUCUUAAGAACUAUCGCAACCAGUAUACUCAGAUUAUACAUGCCAAGCAAAACUACUGUGACCAACAACAGUCAUUGGCACAAACGGAGCUUUUUGAACGCAUAAAAUCCUAUCGUAUCGUGAAUCAAGAUAAGACGCUGCAACAUAUUGAAAUGGCCCUAAGGAAUGAAAGCGAUCUAAAUGCUGUGGCUCUUGUGGGCCCAGUAGGUGUGGGCAAAAGUCUAUUUAUGCGGGCUAUGAUAGAAAAUUUCCCCUGGCAGGAGAAUGUGCGCACUUAUGCCUGGAAUACUUAUGCCAGAGAUGAGGCCGACAAGUUUCAUACAUUACAGAAAAUGAUUGACCAGCUAUCCGAUUGUGGUCAGAAUUUGUUGGUUGUAGAGGAUUUGCGGCCGCACGAUCGUGAUGUUGUGGCAUGGGUAAAUCAACGAGUACAACAAUCCAUAGCAAAUCAACAGAAGCGUGUUAUUGUUUUUUAUGUAUUCAGUUUGAAUACCAUGUUGCCACAGCCACAAUUCAAGGAAUCCAAAAUGAUGGUGGAAAUAUUGCCCGACACCAAUGUCAUACACUUCAACGCAAUUGGAGAAUCUGAACUAAGAGACUGCAUUGAAAGGGAAUUAGAUUUGGCAGAUUUAAAAUUAAGUUCCCAACAUGUUGACGAAAUUGUUGCCACAAUUGAUCCCUUUAAAUCGGGCUGCAAAAAUGUCAUUGCCAAAGUACUAAUGUUUGGCAUAACCAAAGCCAAAGACAACUUGUAAUUUUUGCUACAAGAUGAUAAUGAGACUAGAAUAUGUGAUUGUAGAAAUGCCAGAAAUGUUUUGUUUUGUUUAAGUUUAGUUUUUUUCACAACUACUUAUAUGUAUUUAUUUAAUUUCGAACCACAACAUUGGACGACUGAGAUUUUUUGUGUUAUUGUAAAACACCUUCAUCAAGCCUAAUAUGUUUAUCUCCUCCGUAUUCUAUCGAUGUUAUGUACUACAAUAUUUAUAUGUAUACAUUUUAUACUGUAAGAUAUCUUUAAAGAACUGAUUUGAAAAGACAAGUGCUCAGGUGAGCAAAUAAAUAAUUAUGAAUUUGUUAA